AUGGAAAAUAAUUCAAGUGAUCAACAAUAAUAGUAACAAGAUCAAAAUUCCAGCAGUCAAGGAGCAGGUGAACAAGGGCAAGACCAAAGAGUCACUAUGACCUAGGAACAGUUAGAUGAGUUCCAAACCCAAAUCAAGCUCAAUGAAGACUAUCAGAACUAAUUAAAGCAGGAGAUUGAGGAGCAGAUGCCAUUUAUUAGUGAGCUUACUGAAUUAAGUGUCUUAAAGCAUGAGUAUCAGGACAAUAAAUUUGAGCUUUGCUUUGACUAAUUAGCCACUCGCUAUAGCAAAGUGAGAAGACUUAGAAGAGACGGCAACUGUUUCUACAGAGCUUUCCUUUUCUAAGUGUUCGAGCAUUUCAUUCACAACCCAGAAGAUCCAUAAUAUGAAUAGAUACUCAAAGUUUUAGUGGGAAGCAAGAAAGAUUUAAUGGACUUGGGAUAUGACGAAAUAGCUAUAGAGGAUUUCUAUGACUUGUUCUUGGAUGAGUUUAAGAAGCUAAAGACUAUUGCAAAGGCAAAGGCAGCAGAGCAUUUAUUGAAGCUACUCUGCAAUAAGGAAGAGGCAGUUUACAUCAUCAUGUUUGCAAGAUUCUUAGCUGCUUGUUAUCUGAAAUAAAAUGCCAUUAUGUUUGAAGGAUUUGUUGGAGAUGUUGCACAGUUUUGCAUGAGAGAAGUAGAGCAAGUUGAUGUUGAAUGUGACCAACCACAAAUCAUAGCAAUUACUAACUACCUUGGACUAGGAGUUGAAAUCAACUCAGUCAGAGCUGACGGUGGUAUUGAGGUAAUAAACUUGCCAGAGGAGGGGUAUAGUGGGUUCAGAGCAAAACUAUUAUUUGUCCCUGGUCAUUACGAUGCAUUAUAUUAAUGA